CUGAUUUGACGAUCGUUUCACGAAGAGAGAAGAUAUAUAAUCGCGUCGCCCACAGAGAAAGAAAGAAAGAAAGAUAUUGUGCACAUGUUUGCUCAAGGGUUUCUGCGUAUAAUAUAUAAGUGAUAUCUGCGCUGCUCGCCUGGACCAUCGACUUCUAGCAGUUCUAGCCUUCAACUGCUCCGAGACUCUCAGACCGAGAUAUUACCGAGCAUCGGUAUUAGGAGCAACAGCAGACACCCAUACGCGUAUACUCGUCCAGCAGCUGCGGCCUAAGCCGGCUCUCACCACGCGCUAACCCCCGAACUGAGAAUCUGCCAAGCGAGACUCUUCAGACGCUCGGGAUCAAGAGAGCAAUCAUCGUCUUCGCGAAGAGUGUAGAAGUUCCUAGCUUCUUGGUAGCUUGGAGCACGCCCUUCGACCCACCUGAGUUCUGAUACGCCUCAAUCACGGACGAUAGAGCGAACAUGGCCGACCGGGACAGCGCGUCCGAGAGCGACUCAAGCUCGAUCGACGGCGGCCCGAUCAUGAUGCCCCCGUCGCCGGUCACCCGCGAGCAGCUCCAGAAGCGCAUCGAGUCCUUGCAGCAGCACAACCGCGUGCUCAAGGUCGAGCUUGAAACUUACAAGUUGCGCGUCAAGGCCCUUCAGGAGGAGAACCGCAGCCUCCGCCAGGCUUCUGUCAUCAUCCAAGCCAAGGCUGAGCAAGAGGAAGAGUUUAUUAGCAACACAUUGCUCAAAAAAAUCCAAGCGCUCAAAAAAGAAAAAGAAACUCUGGCUCAUCACUAUGAGCAGGAGGAAGAGUGUUUGACAAACGAUCUGUCAAGAAAAUUAAAUCAGCUGCGUCAGGAAAAGUGUCGCCUUGAACAAACUCUGGAGCAAGAACAGGAGUGUCUUGUGAAUAAACUGAUGAGAAAAAUCGAAAAGUUGGAAGCAGAGACCUUGGCCAAACAGAGCAAUUUAGAACAGCUGAGAAGAGAAAAAGUUGAACUGGAAAAUACUUUGGAACAAGAGCAGGAAGCUCUGGUUAACAAGCUAUGGAAAAGAAUGGAUAAACUAGAAGCUGAAAAGAGAUCCCUCCAAAUUAAGCUGGAUCAGCCUGUGUCAGACCCUACCUCGCCAAGAGACCUUAACAAUGGUGAUACUGCUGUCAAUCUCAGCACACAUAUUCAAAAUCUGAGAAGUGAAGUUGCCAGAUUGAGGCGCCACCUUUUGAUAUCUCAACAAGAAAAUUCAGAAAAAGUGCAACGGUUUGUCAAUGAAGAAAAGCAAAUUCGCGAGGAAAAUCUUAGGUUACAGAGAAAACUUCAACUUGAAGUUGAACGUCGCGAGGCACUUUGUAGACACUUGUCUGAAUCAGAGUCAAGCUUGGAGAUGGAAGAGGAACGCCAUUAUAAUGAGUCUGUGAUGUCUGGUGGUAGCAUUAGGGGAAGAGCUGUUUCAAGUCCAGUGCCCUAUCAACCCUCGCCUAGUUGUUCUAGACCCCUCAGUCCUGGUUCGUCGUCUCGAGAGAAUCUAAAUGUUAAUCGUUGUUAUGCAUGCGGACAGCCCACAACAAAUUUGCCAUUUGCAAGCUCCUCCCCCCCUUCAGGAGUCCAUAUUAUAGCGCCAUCCAGCAGACGUGCAUCGGAUAGAUUUAUAAAACCGGCGAUUCCGCCAAAUAUAGUAAGCCCCGUCGUUCCAUCAUUAACCACCACACAGACUAAUACUUCAGGUUUGUGUCCUAUGGAUAUUUCAAAGAUAUAAGUAACACAAGUAAAUAUUAUGCCAAGAUAUUUAUAUUCGACGCGUGUAAACUACUUUUCCAAGGUACUUGCUUAUUUUUCAAUGGCAUUAAAAUUCAAAAUUAGUUAUAAUUUGGAUAAUUAUUUUUUUUGUGUAUUAU